UUGAGCCUUGCGUUUUAAAGAUUAAAUCGUCUUUUUUGAGUUAAGUUUUUUUUUGGAAGAAUGAGUGGGACCUAUGAGAAAAAGCUGCCCGGUCUUCUUACGGACAUCCAGGGUUCGAUCGGAUGUCAUCCCGCGAAAGAUUCUCCAACUCUUCCAGAGUCAACGGCGACGGAUGUUGGUUACUUUAACCCACAGUCCUGUCUUCCGCCGCAGGACUAUUACCCAACUUCAGCCUAUUCGCAACCAGUGAUCCAUUAUCCAUAUCAUCAAUUUAAUCUGAACAAUCUUCCAGGGUCUGGCUCCUAUUCAGAGAAGCCCGACUAUACUUACAAUAACUCGUACCGUCAGUAUGGCCAUUUCCACAGGGAUCAUCAAGUAUCAGCGGCCGAGAGAGUUUCAGUGAAAGAAGAACCGGAUCCCGAAGUAAGAAUUGUGAACGGGAAACCCAAAAAGAUCCGUAAACCGCGAACAAUCUACUCUAGCUUCCAGCUGGCGGCUUUGCAGAAGCGUUUCCAAAAGGCGCAGUAUCUAGCUUUACCUGAAAGAGCGGAGCUUGCAGCUUCUCUAGGACUUACGCAAACGCAGGUGAAAAUCUGGUUUCAGAACAGAAGAUCCAAAUUUAAGAAGUUAUAUAAAAAUGGGGAACUCACAAUGGAGCACAGUCCCAACAAUAGUGACUCAAUGGCAUGCAAUUCACCCCCUUCUCCAGCUAUUUGGGAGAGCCCCAGUUCAACUAGGAAUCCCCUCCAGCAUCAGACCCCACAUAAUUCUUCUCAGAACUACCUGGAAGACUUCAAUCACUGGUACCCAACACACCCCUCAGGCUCUCACUUAUCAGCAACAAAUUCACUGCACCAGCCCCCAGCUCAGAGUACUGGAGCAGUCUAUUAAAACUGAAAUUUUUACUUCAAAACUUUGAACUUUUUGUCUAUUGCUCUUUUGGAAAACAACAUCAGAGCUUACAUGUUUCUAGCGAACUUUAGUAUGGGCAGGGAAGAAACCUCCUUAAAGGAUGAAUAAAUAAAAUUCAACACCCACAGUUCAUGAAGAACCAGGGUAGAAAUGAAUUAGUCAUCAGAACAACCAAGUAAUUACAAGAGCCCCACACUCCCUUCCUUGUGUACAUGUAGUAAUACACAUAAGCUGUAAAUAAUAACAACUGUAUAUCAGGAAGAAAAAGCUGAGCAUUUUGUAACUCUUGUCAGUUGUCAGAUUGUCACUAUACAAAGAACUGAUAAUUUUCUCAAUUUCAGUAACAAACAAUAUUCUGCAUUCUUAGCCUUUGUUUAAUUAUGUUAUUUAAUUUUUUGGUUUAUUGGAGUGGUUAAAUUAUUACUGCCUGUAUAUUAUUAGAUUAGUGAUGAGUUUCUUUGAUGUAGCAGAUAUAAUGUAUCCAUUGAAUUAUGCCCAAUGCAGUAUAAUUAAAAAAAGGAACUUACUGUAAAAUAGAAACUCAAUUUGCAAUAGACAAUAUGAUGGAGCACAAAUUUUCUGACAAAUAACAGGAACUGUAUUUAUGAUAUUCUGUCUGAAAUUAUCUUUUUUUUCUAAAAAUGUACAUAAAAUUUUACACGUUAAUUGUAGAAUAAUAAUAAACAUCCUUGCGGGUACUUUCCAAGAACAUGUGUGACACUGGGAGGAAUUCCUCAAAGAGAUCAACAUUUCAUUGUAAUAAUUUGACUUGUA